GUGUAUAUGUGAGGCAGAGGGAGUGUGUGGUCGUGUAGUGAGCUGCUGGUGUUGUUGCUGUCCACACACACAGACACACACAGACACGCACAGACACAGAGGAGCAGUUUUGUAUCGUCUCUACACGUAGGACUCUCUCCUGCCCUGAAGGAACAAAGGGGUCGUUCGGAGGUCGCGCUGCUGAGAUGACUGGGCUGUGACAGCGUGCGUCCAAGUGUGUCUGUACCGGAGCCAUUCCCGUGACAUGGCCGCUGCAAAGAAGAGUUGUGCGAAGUCGGGAGGCGUGCGCUUCUCAGAGGUGGCCCCCGCCGCUGGAGCCCCGUCUCAUGUCCACUUUGACGAAAAGCUGCACGACUCCGUGGUCAUGGUGACUCCGGAGGACGACGGCAACUUCAUGGUCAAGGUCGGCUUCCUGAAGACCCAGCAUCGAUAUGAAAUAGUGUUCAACCUGCCCGAUGUCCCAGCUCUGGGGAAGGAGGUGUGUCCAGCGCCUGUGCCCAGUCCGCACCUCCGCAUCACUGACAUCACACCUGCACCAGAGGGAGGUCUGAAGGUGACGUGUGAGUACAUGGCCCAGCAGGAGGGGGUUCUGUGUGAGGAGGUGCUGCUGCUGAGCGAGACCAACGAGGACGUGUGUGUCAGAGUCAAGGUUCACGCCAGAGUCAUGGAUCGUCACCACGGCACCCCCAUGCUGCUGGAGGGGGUGCGCUGCAUCGGGGUGGAGCUGGAGUACGACUCCGAACAGAGCGACUGGCAGGGAUUCGACUGAACCCCCACUUCCUGCUCCCUUUUCACAACGGAAGUACACUAACACACACACAAUCACCUGCCGUCAUAGGAAGAUACACAUCUACACAACACAUCCACGUGUUCAUACCAACAUCAUCAACGGACCUCACAGGAAGUGGACGUCCUGUGACCUGAGAGCAUUUACAUGCAAAGACAUUCCUCUGCUUCCACCGCAUCACCGACAGCAGCAGAACAGACGCGUCGUCUCUUCUUCUUUCUGCAGCUCCUCCAACUCAGUUCAUCCCCGUGCUGUUAGUCUGCAAUGAUCCUCUAGGGGGCAGCAGUGCUCUUUAAAUCCGUGAGGCCUCAGCUUCCCUCUCCCAAAUAGAGAUGAGCUGAGAGGAAGUGCUGGGGCCUGUAAUGUCCCUGCUUCACCACAAGGGGACACUGCAGGCUACUCUGCAUUUAUAGUCAAAUCCAACUGUGCAAAUCAUAAUAAUAUUACUAAUAGUAAUAAUAAUAAUAGUAAUAGCUUGAAUUCACAUGUCAGAGGUUUUAACGGACAUUAUCUCAACAUGCCCUGAAAACCUCUGCUUAGUUUUCAAGUUUAGUCCCAAACACUGGAUGUGAGGAUUUGCACCUGCAAAAAUAAAGCGUCUAUAGUUAGAGCUGUUGUUUUGGAGAGUUUGUCGAAGAGAAAUCUGAUAUUUAAAAACACCACCGUGCUCUUAGGAACACAAUUAAGAUCUGUGAGUUUGAUUUAGAAUAUCCUGAUACACGUUUGAAAGUAUUAAUCUAUUAAUCCAAUAUAUUUUUUGUGUAUUUUUCGUCCCUGUGAGAAAGCAGCUGGUCCAAUCAACAUUUAGUUUAACUUCAUGCAGCCUUCCGAAAAACACACACACACACACACACAAACACACAAACACAUACACACACACACAACAUAAGUGCCUCUCACGCCUCCGUCCUGUUCCCUCACUCGAGCCUGAUGUUGUCUCACCAUCUCUCUGCUCGUCCUUGUCUCUCACACACACACACACACACACACACACACACACACACACAGACUCACACACAUGCAGCGGUUUGGAGCGGGAGUAGAGAGAAAGAACAAGGGACAGAAAAGUGUUUCAGUUUAUUUGCCACCAGCUUCUCUCAGUAACCUAACGUCCUGUCACCUUGGCUCAGUUUACAUCUGUCAGCAAUAAUCUGACUCCACUGCCAUCUUCCUCCUCUUCCUCCUCCUCCUCCUCCUCCUCCUCCUCCUCAUGUUUCAUCCCUUCUUCUUCCUCUGCUCCUCUCCCACCCAAUGCAUUCAGCCUUAAAGCAAAUGACUGUGUGUAGUUUCUCUCCGUGUUGGACCGUGAGCUGUCGGUGCCGUACAGAGGUCAUAGGUUUAUUAGAUGUUUGCUUGUGUGUGUUUAAAGGUCAGAACCCGGUCUGUUCCAUCUCGGUGUGAAACUGAAGUGCUCUGUAGUUAAUGUCGAGGUUCACGUGUCGAUAUCUGCUCCCUGUGCGAGUGAUCGAUGUGUUUGAUUUAAAAAAAUGAAGAAUAAAAAUGUGUCUGUCUUUUGA